AUGAAGGCAAUAUUAGUGUACUGCGGGCUCCAGCUGCUGGGGACUAGUACCGUCGCGGCCGCAGUACCCACGGCUUUGGAUACUGUAACCAACGUCACUUACAGGGGUCUUGACCGCAAUGGGAUCGAGGUAUUCCUGAACAUCCCUUACGGACAAGACACAGGUGGUGAGCAUCGAUUCAAACCCCCAAGACCGUACACCCCUCGAAAAGGCAGCCAGGUCAUCGCGCAGUCGUAUGGUCCCUCGUGCCCUCAGCCACUUGGUGAUGAGCUCGGCACGCCAUUUUCCCUGGGAAACGUCACAGACACCUCGGAGGACUGCCUCAACCUGAAUAUUGCGAGGCCACGGGGGACUGUUGCCGGGGAUAAGCUGCCUGUCAUGGUCUGGAUCCACGGCGGGAGCUUCUGGUCAGGACAAAACAGCGAGAUCACGGUAGCGCCCGAUGGCUUAAUAUUGGAGUCCGUUGAGAAUGGACUUCCCAUUAUCCAUGUAGCUCUGAACUACCGCCUGGGUGUCUUCGGCUUCGCACGAUCAGCGGCCCUCAAGUCGGAAGGCUCGGAGAACGCUGGACUCAAGGACCAGAGACUCGCGAUCGAAUGGGUACGAGACCACAUUGAGUAUUGGGGAGGCAGUUCCGACAACAUUACCAUCGCUGGGCAGUCAACCGGAGGAUUGUCCGUGGGAAUGCAGCUCAUGGCAUACGGGGGCAGCAAGCCAGUCGCAUUCCAACAAGCCAUCUGCGAGAGCCAGGCUCUCGAGCCGGGGAUCACGGGGAACUUCACGACCGACGCCAUGCAGCUCCUUGUAGACUACUUAGGUUGUAACGCCACCGCCCUCGAUUCGGAACAGACUGUGGACUGUCUGAGGGGCUUCGAUAUGGACACCCUUAUGGACGCCUCACUAGUCACAUAUAUCGCCGACACAGCUCAUAACAUUGGCGACAUCUGGCUGCCAGCGGUAGACGGUGACUUUCUCCCUGCCGCACCCUCCGAGCUCAUCAGACAGGGCAGAUUCGCCAGGGUGACGGCCAUGAUAGGUUGGACUGAGGACGACGUCUCGUAUCUCACGGAGCCGAGCAUACAGACACCAAACGACACGAGGGACUUCUUCUUAUCAUAUGCGCCAGGACUGACAGCUGCGAGCGUGGACGCGCUGCUUGCACUGUACCCUGUUUCUGACUUCGCGGCAAAUCCGGCAGCGAACCUCUCGGCCGAGUUCUAUCGAGCCUCGAGGGUCUUGCGCGACAUCCUGAUGACGUGUCCGCCUUUUUGGUACGGUGAGAACCUUGCUGCUUCCGUCGACGUUGACGUCUACCAUUACGCCUGGAACCAAUCGCUGCUGGAGCCGAUCCUUGAGUUCAUGGGCUGGCCCGGGCUCGGCAUUGUGCACACCUCGGAGCUGGCCUAUGUCUUUGGAAACCUUUCGCACUACGACAUACACGGGUACCCGUUCGCCCCGGACGAGUCCGACUACGGGCUGCUCCGCCGGGGAUCGAGGUCGUGGUCCUCGUUCGUGAGCACCGGCUCGCCCAGCGUGGAGGGGCGUGAGACGUUCCAGGGGUUCGGCCCGGCUUAUAAUGAGGCCGGACAGUCAUAUGUCUUCGUGGCUGGCGGUCCGGACGAAGGUCUCUCUGCCGUGAGUGGACCUGGCGCAUCACCAGCGCUAGGGCAGCAGAGGUUGGCAGAGCGGUGUCGGUUUAUUACCUCGCCGGAAAUGACUGAGCAGCUCAGGUUUUAG